AUGAGUGGAUCAAUAAUUCAUGCAUUUGAUAAUUUAAAGAUUAACAAAUUAUCAUCUGAAUCAGAUUAUGAAAAAAUUUUUACUGUUUCAUACGACUAUUUAUCAAAAGUCAAAAAUUUUAACGACCUCAAAAGUUUCAAGAAUUGCCUUGUUUCAUUAAUAAAUUUAGAUAAAUAUGAAAAAGCAAAUCAAUUAAUUUCAAAAAUACCUAAAGAAUUGAUGAAUGAGUUGAUAUUGGAAAUUGGUUAUGUCUAUUACAAGAUUGGUAAAACCACUGAAAUUAUCCAAUUGAACAAAAGUGAAUAUAGUUCAAUUCCAACUGAUUUAAAAAGUGGAUUUCAACAUAUUUUAGCUCAAACUUAUUACAAAAUAGGUGAAUAUAAAUUAGCAUUGGAUUUGUAUAAAGAAUUUAUAAGUAAUGACUAUGGUAAUGACGAUUUAUUAGUUAAUGAAAGAGCAAUCAUGUCACAAUUAAUUUUCCAAGAUGGAACUACCAUUGAAGUUGAUAAUUCUCGAUUAGAUGAAUCAAAUUAUGAUUUAACUUUCAAUCAAGCUUUGAUUAAUAUUGCCAUUGGUAAUCACACUGAGGCUUUAAAUUUAUUACAAAUAGCUCAUAAAAGUUGUUCCGAAAAUAAUAUAUCUGAAGAAGAUGUUGAAACUGAAUUACUACCAAUUAAUUUAACUACUGCAUAUGUAUAUCAAAUACAAGGAGAUAACACUAAAAGUGAUGAAAUCUUACAUCAAAUAAAUCUCGACAAUGUUCAUGAUUCAUUGAUCAAAUUAAUCAUUAAGAAUAACUUAAAUUCUGGUAAAGUUAACAAUGUAAAUUUAUUAGAAAGAAAACUUAAUUAUCAAGAAGAAUUACAAACAUUAAAACAAAAAAUCAUAAUUUUGCAAUUAAAUACAAUAUUGAAAAACUCUUUAAUAUUAAGAUUUGCAAGCGGUACAUUGGGUAAUAAUAUAGCAUUAAAAACUGGUUUAGUACCUGAAGCGUAUAAAGUAUUAUCCAAAAAUCAAAUAUCUUACAAAAAUUUGAACGACUUAACACAAUUGAAAACUAUAGGUAGAAAUUUAGUACGAUACAUCAAUAAAGAAACAAACCCAAAUUUAAAAGAAGCAGCUAUCUUAUUAUUAGUAUUUAUAAACUCAAAACUCGGUUCUUACGAUCAAAGUUUACCAUUAUUGGAAAAAAUAGCAACAGAAUCUCAAAAUCAACCUGAAUUUUCACCAGGUAUAGUAGGUACAUUAAUUAACGUAUAUGAAUCAACUCAAAGUAUGGAUAAAUUAAAAACUUUAUUAGGUAAAUUAAUUGAAAAAUUAUUAUACACAACAGAAUCAACUUUCCAAAACCAAGAUUAUUUCAAUACUGCCAAAAUCAUAGCAAUGAAAAAUUUAAAUUUCAACAACGAAACAUCACAUCAACUAUUUGAAUUUUUGAAUCAAAUUAAUCCAAAUGAUCAAUUAAUAAAUUCAAUUUUAUCAAAUUCAGAUGAGCAUUUAUUACCUAUUGAUCAAUUACAAUCCUCAAAAUCAAUUGAAGAUAUACUAUCUAUAAAUAUUGAUGAAUUAAUACCAACAAAAACUAAAACAAUUAACACAUUAACCGCCAAAAAGAAAAACUCCAAAGUGGUUAAAAAGAAAAAAGCUACGAAAUUUGGUAAAAAUAAAGUUUUAAAACCUAAAGGAGAAUUUAAAUUAGAUGAUGAAAGAUGGUUACCAAAAGAGAAAAAGAAAAAAUUAAGUGGAGGACAUCAGGGUGCAGUUGAAUCAACAACUACUACUACUGCAAGCUCAUCGGCAUCAAAGUCAAAGAAAAAGAAGAAAGGUAAAAAAUAA